CCUUUCAAAGUUUACUUCAGGAUCUUUGUUGCGUCAUCUUUUGUUGCGUCAAGCAAUUUCGACGCGAAACCCUUUGAUGUAUCCACGACUUUUGCAGAGAUUUACUCGCCAGAGGCACUUCCUAGUGUCAGCAACUUGCUUGAACAGAGAAGGAAUUCGAUGUUUUUCACAAAUCAGUGCUAAUGAGCCUAAGCACUUUGCUGCCGAGAAGAAUGAAGAUGCUAAUAAAAGUCAAGGCAGUACGGUUUUCCCUCAUCCAAUAUGGAGUGCAGAGGAUGUCCACAGUGUUAAAGUAACACACACAGAGCCAAAAACAUCUAGCGACAAGUUAGCAUAUUGGAGCGUACAACUUCUACGUUUCAACUUUGAUUUAUUCUCGGGAUUUAAAUUUGGAAAACGACACGAAGGCAAAUGGCUUAAUCGAAUAAUAUUUCUGGAAACUGUUGCCGGUGUGCCUGGAAUGGUGGCAGCAAUGACGAGGCAUUUACACUCACUGCGGAAAAUGCGACGAGACCAUGGAUGGAUACAUACACUGCUUGAAGAGGCAGAAAAUGAGAGAAUGCAUCUGAUGACUGCUCUAAAAUUGCGAAAUCCUUCAAUUCUGUUUCGAGCAAUGGUACUUAUGACUCAAGGAAUAUUUGUCAAUGUGUUUUUUCUUUGUUACUUGGUGAGUCCAAGCUUCUGUCAUCGAUUUGUUGGUUAUCUGGAGGAAGAGGCAGUGAAAACGUACACUAAAUGUCUAGAAGAUAUGGAUGCAGGUCAUCUUCCCAUUUGGCAACACACAAAGGCUCCCGCAAUUGCAAAGGACUACUGGAAGCUUGGGGAUGAUGCUAUGAUGCGUGACGUCAUUCUUGCCAUUAGAGCUGAUGAAGCCCAUCAUCGACUUGUUAACCACACGCUUAGCACAAUGGACAAGGAAUCGCAAAAUCCAUACUUGCCAGGAGCCAAGAAACUCUAGUGACGCGACGUCACCAACCAAUCGACCAUCAGGCUGACAGCAAUAGCAAAUGUUAGAUACUACAAUAUAAUGAGAUUCAAUUAGUCAUACAACUGUAAUAUACAGAAUAUAUCAUGGAUUUACAAUUUUAAUAGAGAAUAACGUUCACAUUUUAUUGCUGUUACUGCUGUCUACUGAAAGCUAAUGAGUGUUGGUUUA